CAGAAACGAUUCAAGCCGGAAGUCCACCACUUACCAAAAGGAAGAGGAAAAAAGAGCAGUGGGGCAGGCGAGUCGCUGGAGCAUUGUGACAAACGCUAUGCGACUUUUUUUGUUCCUUCCCCAAUCCUGCCCAUAUUGUCAUUUCUAUAAUGGCGCUGGUUUUCACACUUUUGCGUGUACUGCUGGGGCUUUUGUUUGUGCUUGCAGGUGCAGUGAAACUAACAGAUAAGAUAUCGGAGGACAUCUACAUGCACAUGCGCACCCAGUUUGUGGAGUUCUCGGCCGUCUUCCCCCUGCGAAUAGUUGGCCUCCAUCUCGAGCCUGAGCAGUACCUGAUCGUCAUUGGCUGGCUGGAGCUUGUAGCUGGAGCCUUGCUGGCUUUUGGGCCCAGAAUUUUGCAGGAGAUCAGCAAUCUUGUUCUCUCCGUGGUCAUGAUGGUGGCUGUAUUCACCUUGCUGAAGCUGCAGCAGCCUCUCUACACAUGUUGUCCUGCGGCUGUGUUCCUUGGACUGCUGCUGCUGCUGGCUGUCCGGGGCUGUGGGACCAAAAGCAAGAUACACUGACCCCCCCCCCCCCACACACACACACACACACCUUUUGUGUGCAACUGGAGGACCUGCAGAUGUCACAUUCCAUAAAGCAUCAGCCUCUGCAGGAGUGAACGAUUGCCUGUCAAAUGGAUGCCUUUAAAAGUCCUUUUUGCAAAUAUUUGACAAAAUAUGCAUUCAUUUCAGUAUCAUAGGACUGUAUAUUGGUGGGAUAAUGAUAACCACAGUUGGGGAAUAUCCACAUUUAACUGCUAUUAGUUUGAUUUAAUUUAAUACGGAAUGCAUAUGUAGGUCAUGUGUGAUUUAUAAGCAUAGAAAUUGAAACAUUAUGGGCAUACAGAACAUGAUAGAAUUAUGUAAUUUCUAUAAAAACUAUAUUGUACUUGUAAAUUUGUAUCAGGAAACUGGAAACAUUACCAGGCAGUUCUGAUGAGCCCAAAAAUUACAACCUAAGAAAUCGCUCUGAAUAUGCCACAUUCAACAUUUAAUUUUAGACUUCCUUUAUUUCUGUUCAGUAAUGAACUGGAAUAUUUUGCAGUGUGUUUAAAUGAAACUCUGCUUUUUGUUUCCUAUCAAAUUUAAUACAUUUGAGAUAUUUGAAACUUGGGCACAUUUUACUUAAUGGGAUAUGUGUAAAAUGCAGUGAUGAAACUGCACUUCUUGUUGUAUUGGUCCUGUUUGAUUUGUAAUCUUUGUUUUUUCAAAAUAAAUUACUCAGUAAUA